AUGCGCUUCUCAAUCACCGCCGUCGCGUCUCUCUUCACCAUGGCUGCCGCCACCAAGUUCACAAGCUACUCGUACGGACCGAACGUCCUGCAGUCAUAUGACGUCUACAUCCCCGUAUCCGCGAAUGAGACAGCGAUAUCGGACAAGUACUGGAUUGUCUAUCUGCAUGGAGGUUUUUAUCGCGACUUCGCUCAGAACUCAACCUCAAUCGAAGCCGCCAUCACCUCACUUGAGGUUAACAACUCGGAUGUCCUCUCGAACAAGGUCGCCGGCAUCGCGUCACUGAACUACCGUCUCUCCGCUCUUCCCGGCGUUCAACCCAACAACACACCAACGAAUGAGUUACAGAACGCAAGGUGGCCAGACCACCUCAACGAUGCCGUCGCUGCUGUGAAGGACCUUGGAAAGCGUUACCCUAUAGAUGGGAAGUACGUCAUCGGUGGACACUCCGUCGGCGCGCAGAUCUCCUUCCUCGCGAUUCUGGAGACUCUCAAAGAUGCUUCUAUCCCGAAGCCAGUGGGUGUCUUGGGCACCAGCGGCAUUUACGACUACCCGCAGCUCCACGCCACGCACCCCGAUUACGACUAUCUCGUCCUCAACGCGAUGAGAGAGGACCAGCUUGUGGAGGCCAGUCCCGCCAAGAUUGACGCUGAAAGUCGCAAUGACGGACUGGUACCCUGGGACCAGGUGGAGGCUAUUGAGGCGACUUUGGAGAGCGUCCCGGAGUUGAAAAGCAAGACCAGCAUCGUAGAGUUGGACGGUCAGCACAAUGAGAUCUGGCGGGGCGGAGUACAGUUGGCGAAGGCUUUCACCGAAACAUUAGCAUUGCUGUAA